AGUGGAACCAAGACUGUGAACAACAUCACGGGUGUUGAAACAGAUUACCAGGCAGACACGGCCUGGGGGGAGGCUACCCAACCAGAUGGACAGCACGAUGGGCCAGACCUGGCAGCAAUGGAGCGACUCCUUAAGAUGGAACCAAAGGUUGAAUGUACGCUGGACUCCAUGAAGCUUCAGAUUCAUGAUGCUGCUUCUACCCCUGGAUCUCUCCUUUUUGUGGACAGGGGAAGCCACUUGUCUCCUUUGCCUCUGUCCAAGUUACCUUCAAGCUGUGGUUACACCAUCAGGUCAACACAGAGAGAUCUGGUCUUAGUUGCACCUUAUGAUGGUUGCUUUGUUGCUCUUGAGGAGGGCAGUUAUGUUCUCCCACUGCUUUGGUGGGGGCUGCCAGUGAGGAUGACGUGCCCUUUAAUGAGCCCGCUGUCACUGAAUCCUCCAGUGGUCACCUGCAAUACUGAGGGCAUGCUCAUAAAAACAGAGUGGACCCUGCCGGUCUCGAAUAUUAAAGUCAAAUUGAAUGGUAACUGGCAGCCACUGAGUACGGCCUCAAACAGAUGUGGGUUCAGCACGGUGGAGCAUCCUGAAGGUGUGGUCAUCUCUGCUCGUUAUACACCCUGCAUGGAGAAAAAGGAUGGGUUGUACACUCUGGAAGUAGCUGGAGAUGGAGAGACAGCAAUUUCCUGUCCCUCAGAGGUACCAGCUCAGCCUGAAUACACAGAAAACCCAGCAAAGAACCCAGAAUGGCAAAGUGAAACACCAAGUGAAGGUGUGUAUCCACCCAGUUUUCUGCGUGAUCCUCAUCAAGCUUUAAAACCUGCCAAGGUGGAGGCCCCACAACUUCCAGGUCUUCCUCAGAACUCAAAUAUACCAAAUAAGGAGCCAGAGGGUCCUGAUCAUCCCUUCUACCCUACUUUCUUUUACCCUUACUCUGCAAAUCCAGUCAAUACACCUGCUGUACCUGCAGUGAAUCCUAGACGUGCUUCAUCUUCAGUUAUCCAAACUGCUAAAGACAAAAGAUGGCAAAAUUUCUUCCCUUUUUAUUCUCAACCACCUGCGCCUAAAACUGUCCCUACACAGCCACCGACUAAACCACCAGGAACUGAGUUUGAAGAACAUAUGCUUCCCAGUCUGUUUCAGAAACCUGUAUUUCCUCCUGCAAGCCAGCCUGAGAGCGUAGAAAAGAAACCCCUGCAUCAAUUUUCUUUUUUUCCACAGAUAAAUGAAGCUCACCCAGCAUAUCAAAAAUUACCUGAAAAGCCAGAGGCACCACAGCCUGAAGCCCAGGUUCAAGUUUCCCAUCCACUCUUCUUCUAUCCCCAACUAAAGCCUGAAAUUCAGCUGGAUACAAAACCCUCGACUGUUCCUCAGCCACCACAGCCUGAAGCCCCUCCGUACCAGCUACAGCAACAAAUGUACUUGUGUCCUGAAAGUCAGAUGGCCAUGGAUCCAAAUGCUGCUCUGGCAUUAGGAACUGAAACUCUUUUGGAAGAAGUGUACAAACUUUGUCAACCAUCUGAGAAAACUACUGGAACAAAUGAUGAAACUGAUGCAAUUGAAAAACAAAGCACACAGCCUCCUCACAGACAUCCGCAGGGCCAGAUGGAUCACCUUUCUAACCAGCUCUACUACCCACAGCAGCUCCAGCCUGUGACAUUUCCCUCUACUACCUAUAUGCAGCAACAGGCUCCAGAGACAGGAUUCCACCCAGUUUUCAUCAGAAGAUGUUUCAAGCUUGGAGCUCAGAAGCUGACCACUAAGCGGCAGGUUGUGGUUGAUGGAGGUUUGAGUGUUGAACUCUUCAGCCUCAUUGUUUGGACUCAUGCUCUCUUUCAGGACUGA